AUCGUCCCCGGCUUCCUCUGUGGUUCAGUCGCUUUAUCCUCUUCAGUGUGCAGCGAUGGCUCUGCUCAAAUCCAGCAAGAUAAUCCUCAAUGUCGGGGGAUACUGCCCCAGUCUGGCAGUGUUCCCUGCCAGAGCCAGCUCUGUGUGGUCCCAAGUGGAGAUGGGCCCCCCUGACCCUAUCCUGGGUGUGACCGAGGCCUACAAGCGGGACGCCAACCCCAAGAAGAUGAACCUGGGGGUGGGUGCGUACCGCGACGAUAACGGCAAGCCCUACGUCCUGAGCUGUGUCCGCAAGGCAGAGGCUGAGAUCGCUGCCAAGAAGAUGGACAAGGAAUACCUUCCCAUUGGUGGACUGGCUGAAUUUGCCAAGGCCUCUGCGGAGCUGGCACUGGGGCAGAACCACGAGGUGCUCAAGAGUGGACGGUACACCACCAUGCAAACCAUUUCAGGCACUGGGUCCCUUCGGGUUGGCGGAAGCUUUCUGGCUCGUUUCUACAAGUCCAGCAGUGAAGUCUACCUCCCGAAGCCCUCUUGGGGUAACCACACCCCGAUCUUCAGGGACUCGGGCCUGCAGCUCGGCGGCUACCGUUACUAUGACCCCAAGACCUGCGGGUUUGACUUCGCUGGAGCCUUGGACGACAUCUCUAAAAUCCCUGAGAGAAGCAUCAUCCUGUUCCACGCCUGUGCUCACAACCCCACCGGCGUGGACCCCAAGCCAGAGCAGUGGAAGGAGCUGGCCGCCCUGGUCAAGAAAAGGAGCCUCUUCCCCUUCUUUGACAUGGCGUACCAGGGCUUUGCCAGCGGGGAUAUCGAUAGAGAUGCCUGGGCCGUACGCCACUUUAUCGAUCAGGGCCUUAACAUCGUCUUGUCCCAGUCCUACGCCAAAAACAUGGGGCUGUACGGCGAGCGUGUGGGCGGUUUCACUGUGGUCUGCGUCGAUGCUGAAGAGGCAAAGCGUGUGGAGUCCCAGCUCAAGAUCCUGAUCCGCCCCAUGUACUCCAACCCUCCCAUGAACGGAGCCCGCAUCGCUGCCGCCAUCAUGAACACCCCCGAACUGCGCCAGGAGUGGCUGCAGGAGGUGAAGGGCAUGGCAAACCGCAUCAUCAGCAUGAGGGAGCAGCUGGUGUCCAACCUGAAGAAGGAGGGCUCCACCCACAACUGGCAGCACAUCGUUGACCAGAUCGGCAUGUUCUGCUUCACCGGCCUCAAGCCUGAGCAGGUUGAGCGCCUGACCAAGGAGCACUCUGUCUACCUGACCAAGGACGGACGGAUCUCCAUGGCUGGCGUGACUUCAGCAAACGUGGCCUACCUGGCCCACGGCAUCCACCAGGUCACCAAGUAAACUUGGAGGUUGUGUCCAGUGAAAUGCUUUUCAGCCUCAAUCUUUACUCCUUGUAGAUGAUGUUUAUAUUGGUGUCUCCAGCAUAUGAUUUAUGACCCAUGGCUUUUUUUUUUGUGUUUUUCUUCAAGGCCUAACCUGAUUUGGUUAUUUAUUUCACAGAAAGGCUUUAGCAAAUGAAGGAAUGAAAAAAUAAAUUGCCUAACAUGGAACUAGAAUCACUAGAAUUUUUUAAAUUGUAAGAAAAGCACUUUUUGGGGUCCCUGGUUUCAUAGGUCCCAGUAUAUUCCUUAUUGGAAACUAGCAUACUAAAUUAAAGCAGUAAGGUGUUAAUAACUAAUUGUGUAAAGUAAGAAUCGGCAUAUUUGCUGUGUAGUCCUGUCAGUGGCAGUCGUGACACGUUUGCUUCAUGAACCAGUAAUGUAAUUUUGUUUUAUGCCCCAACUUUUGUUUUAUGCACUUCCAAGAGUAGAGGCUUUCACCUUUUAUUCUGUCCUGUAUUAGCUCCUUCCCUGAAAGCACCUUAAGCACCUUUCUGCAUAGCUUUAUAAAGGUUGAGGGAUUAUUUAAAUUGAAUAGUUUGGCUACAUAAUAUGGCUUACUCGGUUUCUUUUGCUUCACUUUUACAUGGCACACCAGUGUGUGUCUGGUGCUGCGUUUUGAUAUCCAUGCUGUUCAGUGUUAGAAGUGAUGUGACUGUGAACGCAAUCGUUUUUUUUGUUUGUUUUUUUUAAAUGCUUCCAGGACUACUGUAAAAAAAACAUAAUUUCAGAACUCUUAAUCCUGAUUCUCAAGCAUUGGCGGUAUCUGUCUUUGAUAGAUGAAAUGCUAGCUGUAUUAGUCCAGAGAUGAUAGACAAAGAGAAGGAGAUGUGAUACCUUUUAUUGGAGUUAGUCCAAUAAAAGGUAUCGCAUCUCUGUCUUUGUAACUGAAUAUGUAGUCCGGCUAAAGCGUUUCUCAUUUCAUUAAACUGUAGAUGCAUCACAGGCUUGUACUUCUGAACUCAAACGCUUACUGUAACCAUCGAAUGUGCUUUUAAUAAACUGUAAUGUGUGAAAAUAGCUGCACUUUUAAUAAUCUGUGUACAAGUGAAUAAAGAUGAGCUGAAACUA